AUGGUUCAACUUGGUCGGUUGGUAGACAUUUUCCAACGAAUUGCUCCGCAUGGAAUCGUCAGUGAACGCGUCCUAGUUUACGUUCUCCAGGAUUUGGUAUCCUGCGGCAUAGAGGAUUGUUAUCCGCCCUUCGUGCCAUGCGCCUGGCGACAAUUGCGACCUCCGGAUAUCGAAAUAUUGGUCGAACGAUUGUUCGGCUCCACCGAAUAUAUCGAAUGGCGAGAAUUUGUCCUGUAUGCAAUGGAUCUGCCUGUGCCAUCGCAUCAGGAUAUUCUGAAAGCACGAGCAGCCUUCAAGAUACAUGAUUCUGAAUCGAAAGAGGUAGUCACAUGCGAACAAUUCCAUUCGAUAUCCUUGUGGUUUCUCGAAAUUUCCACCCUUUAUAAGAAUUUCUUGGAUGAAAAACUUGAGCACAGUAACUUCGAUUCAUUAGAAAAUAUAAUGUUGCGUAAGGAAGCACAAUUAGGCGAGCAUUUUUCGAGUUUGGGGAACGAUUUCAUAGAAAGAAGCGAGGAUGAUUCUAGCACAACAUUGAGGCUGAUGCUGGCAAAGCAACUUCUUUGCCGCAUGUAUCUGGUAAACCGAGACUCGGUUCAUUAUACCACCAUGCUGCUAGCUUUCUGCAAGAACGAGAAUCCUAGUGUGGGACUAGGAAAAGCGUUCUCCCUUGCCAUGGGUGCUAGAGUUUGUACUGAUACAGUGGAAGGUGAGAAAUACGUCGAAGAGCAGAAGCGCCGUGUUAAGGAGUUGAAAUUGGGGCAGAAUUAUCUUCGAGAAGAGGUUAACGAGAUAGUACAAGAAAUUAUGAAUGAUAUAAUAAACAAAACGAUAGAGACUGUUGUUUUGUUGGAGAAAUCCCCAAAUCAUGACUUAAGGUCGAAACGCCAACAGGUAAAAAUCCAACAGUUGAAUGGACAGAACGAGGUAGAUCCUGAGCUUUUGCCGGAAGUGAUAGCAGAACAUCUAGUUACAGAAAAUUCAUCGACGAUCAGUGACGAAUACGAACACAAGCACACUCUUUUGUCAAUCGAAGACGAAACGCUCGAAGACCAUACAAAAAUACAGCAGGACGAAAAAGUGAUCUUUUGGCUGCCGCGGGAUGUUUGCAUGACGGUUUUAUCUACUUGUCUGCCGUGGCUUGCGUCACAAGCAGAUCUCUUCCAUACCACUUUGAGUCUUUGCGAAGGAAUAGCACGCGUAUAUGAUGAGUUAAGAGACGAGGAGUUGAAUGACGCAAAAGACCUCGUUUUAGCUCACCGCCUGGUGAACCACAGCUUCAUCUGCGAAUUACUCUGCGCUUCUUCCAAGUUUAUCUCGAAAAACAUGUCAGAUAUACUCCGCUGUAUCUUAAAGAAUAAGAAUGAUCAAAUGACAUAA